AUGCAGAAGUGCGUCUCCAAGCAAUGGCUCUCACUUAUCUCCGACCCUGCCUUCCGCCGGCAACAUGCACGGGCUAUCCGGACACAUCCCACCUCUGAUCUCCUCUUUUUCAGCCCAGAUAGUGAACGCAAUGAGAUCGAUCUCAUAUCGCUUUCCCCAGAGGGUGUUGAUUCUGUUGGUAACGUCUCAUCCCCUAUAACUGAUGGGAUUCUGAAAAGAGGAGAUGAGAUUCAUAGCCUGCAUUCUUGCAAUGGGUUGCUCUGCAUGCAGAUUAAACUCAAAAACAAUCGCCUCCAGCUGAUUGUUUACAAUCCCACAACUUGCAAGCACAGGGUUAUUCCCUGGUUCAGUGGUGACUAUAAUAUGCCAAUAUUUCGCUAUGCAAAUAUUGCUUUUGACCCUUCAAAAUCUGAUCAUUACAAGCUUGUUUGCUUCGGUUUAGACCGUGACAGUGACUGUAACAACUAUAGAUUCUUGAUAUAUUCAUCAGAGACUGGGGCAUGGAGGGUGACUGAAGAUGCAGUUGGGAUGUUGCCUGUUCGUUAUUACUAUGACAGAGGGGUUUUAUGGAACGGAGACUUUCACUGGUUUGGUGGGGAUCUGUCUGUUAUGUGUGUGAACAAGCUUGAAGCCAUGUUGUUUGAUGUUUUUGCACUGAAGAGGGAUUAUUCUCAGUGGAUUCUGAAGCAUCGUGUUGAUUUUGCUCCUUUGACUCGGUAUUACCCAAAGAUGAAGGGCCCUGGAUUUCAUACACCUUGUUUGGUUGUGGAUGAGGAGGGGAAGAAAGCCAGGAUUGUGAUUUCUGUGGAGGAUAAGUUUCUUUCUUAUGAUAUUACUGAUAUGGUUGUGAAGGAGCUUGUUGAAGUAGGGCCUGUGUAUGCUGAAGUUGCUGGAUGGGGUGAUAGCACUUGGUACAGAUGGUACGAGGCUUUCCAGCAUGUUGAUACACUUGCUUCAGUUUAA